UUCGGUUGUUUGGUGAAAGUUCGGCUCGAACUCGAGCGACCACGUCAACAGCUGAGAGAAAAUGGCUGCGAAUGCUCUGAAUAUGAAGACGUGUUGACAAAGUUUCGGGUGGAAAUGAACUAGUGUUAAAGAAAAACAGUGGUUCACUGACAUCGUCUUUCAUUGUGCCUUUUGAAAGUUAUUGCUAAUAGCACUAAGGCACAACUUCCCUCAGCUGGGUGUUUUAUAUAAAUAUAAAUAAAGUAAAAGUUUUGUUUAAUUCCGUUAUUAUAUUUCAAUGUUUUUUGUGAUUUUUUUUGGAAGGCGAUGUUUUUUAAUAGUUAGAGGGGAAAAGCAAACUAAAGUUUCUGGAUUUGUUUAAAUAUAAACUUGAAGAAUGGCGAUUUGGUCUGAAGCGCUUCUGGAGCUGCUGCUUUUCCUCGCGCUGUGGCUGCGCGUGCAGGGCGGCGCGCCGGAGCGGGACGUGAGUCCGGAGGCUUGGCUUCAACAGUAUGGGUACCUUCCUCCAGGUGACCUUCAUAAACACACACCCCGAUCACCCCAAUCCAUUUCUUCUGCUAUUAUUGCAAUGCAAAGAUUAUACGGCCUAAAUGUCACUGGAAAUUUGGACUCUGACACACUGAAGGCAAUGAAGAGGCCUCGCUGUGGAGUUCCAGAUAAGUUUGGAGCAGAGCUAAAGAGCAGCUUGAGAAAGAAAAGAUAUGCUAUCCAGGGACUGAAAUGGAAAAAGAAGGAGAUCACAUUCUGCAUACAGAAUUACACACCUAAGAUCGGAGAGUAUGAAACCUAUGAGGCAAUCAGAAAAGCUUUCAAAGUGUGGGAGAGUGUAACCCCUUUACAAUUCCGAGAGAUCCCUUACAGCUACAUUAGGGACAAGACUACUGACUUUGCAGACAUUAUGAUCUUCUUUGCUGAGGGUUUUCAUGAUGAUGCCAGUCCAUUUGAUGGUGAGGGUGGGUUUUUAGCACAUGCCUAUUUUCCUGGAAAUGGCAUAGGAGGAGACACACACUUUGAUGCUGCAGAGCCCUGGACAAUUGGAAACAGAGACUUGUGGGGUAAUGAUGUUUUCCUGGUGGCUGUACAUGAGCUGGGUCAUGCAUUGGGUAUGGAGCACUCUAAUGACCCCUCUGCCAUCAUGGCACCUUUCUACCAAUGGAUGGACACAGAAAACUUUGAACUUCCAGACGACGAUCGCCGGGGCAUUCAGCAGCUUUAUGGUCCAAACCCUAGGGGAAAUCCUAGACCUUCAGUUAGCCCCCACCCCCCUUACCAUAUCCCUCAUCCCAGUGACACCCCACGCAAACCAGAAGUACCUCACUAUGGCCCUGAUAUCUGUAAAGGUCACUUUGACACAAUUGCUAUUUUGAGAGGAGAAAUGUUUAUAUUCAAGAAUAAAUGGUUAUGGCGUGUCCGUAAUCACCGGGUUAUGGAAAACUAUCCAGUGCCAAUUGGACAUGUCUGGAGAGGUCUACCUACAUCAAUUGAUGCUGCCUAUGAGAGAGAGGAUGGCAAAUUUGUUUUUUUCAAAGGUGACCGACAUUGGGUAUUUUCUGAAGCAAAUUUGGAGCCAGGUUACCCAAAGACACUGAGAGCGAUGGGCAGAGGUCUCCCUCAGGACAGAAUUGAUGCGGCCCUUUUUUAUACACCCACAGGCAAAACCUACUUCUUUAGAGGAAAUAAAUAUUAUCGAUACAAUGAAGAGCAACGAUCAGUAGACCCGGAUUAUCCUAAACCCAGCAGCAAGUGGCAGGGUAUCCCUGACAACAUCGAAGCAGCUUUCAUGAGCCGAGACCAAAGUUACACAUAUUUCUACAAAGCUAAUAAAUACUGGAAGUUCAGCAACCAACUAAUGAGAGUGGAACCCGGUUACCCAAAGUUUGCCUUAAGUGACUGGGUCGAUUGUCCAGAAGAGGACCCUAAAACAGAUGAAGGUCGGGCAGGUGGUGGAACUGAUGUCAAUGACCAAGACAAAGAGAAUACUGAAGAAGAAGAAAAAUAUGAGAAGACAGAAGUGAUUGUCAUUGAGGUGGACAGCACGUCUGAUGAUGAAGGAGGAAUGGCAGCAGUAGUGGUGCCACUUAUUUUGCUGGUGUGUUUAAUUUGCACUUUGGGAGCCUUGCUCUUUUUCCGCAAAUAUGGCACUCCACGUCAUCUGCUCUACUGUCAGCGUUCCCUACUAGACAAGGUGUAGAGUUAUGGGGAGGAGAGGAGGCUGAAGAUAAAGGUACAGAAAGCACAGUAUAUAUUACAUUAUUCCUUUGCUUUAAGUUGUUAACCUUAGAAAUUGUAGUUGAUGUUUUUGAUCUCAGUUUUGCAAAAUAUGAUUUUAAAAAAUGGUAGGGCUUUUUUCCGUUUAUGAAAACUUGGAUAAACAUUAGACCAUUUUCUCUGGUCACAAGAGCCUUUUUACUCAAAACCUUAGACCUUUGGUAGAGUGCAAGUACUUGACAGUGGACCACCCCAAAUUUUAAUUGUGAUUAAUUUUGAGCUCAUGAUCAUGACUAAAUGAGGGAAAAUGAAAAGUUCAAGUGUACAUGCUUAGUGAUGUUAUUUCACAUACAAAGUUUAUCACUAUGUGUUACAGCUUCCUAAUCAAUGUGAUUUUUUUUUUGCACACAACAUGCAGAACCUAUAAUUUCCUUAAUUUAACACUGUGUUAAAGAUAUUAUUUAAUCACAAUUCUUAAAGGCCACAAGAUCAAAAACUUUAUUAUACGGCAUAUUUGUAGAUUUGAAAUCCCUAAUUUAUUAUUUUCAUUCAUUAUAAAGGGUUUUAGACACAAAACUUUAGACACAAUUUCAAAUUACCGAAGCAAAAAUACAGUCCAGUGUAGUCUAUUAACAUUACCUUAUUUUAUAAAAACCUAAGAAUGCAUAAUAUCCUGUUAUAUUCAGUACAUUCAGAUUAAACAAAACUACACCAAACCCUAUAAUGACAAAGCAAUGGUGAUCUCCAUUAUUCCUGAAUGGAAGACAUUUUGGAAUACCAGGACUAUUCCUAAACCUGUCUACCUACACAAACUGAGCAAAACAGGGUGAUGGGUCAGAAAGGUGACCAAGAUUCUAUUAGUCACGUGUUCACUCAUGGUUCAGCCUCAAAGAUCAUGUGUGGAGAUAGGAGAAACUUGCGGAAGAUUAAUAAUCACUGCAACACUUCACCGUAUGAGUGGCCAAACUGAUGCAUCUCCUUAUUACAAAACACACGAAGGCCUUUAGAAUUUAGACAUUAGAAUUUUUAGCUUUCAUGUGUCUUGCACUGAGGAAAGACUUCAGUCUAUGAGGAGAGGCUGAAAAUUAAACAAAAGCCAGAACAAUGCCAAUGGAUUAGUUUCUUAAUUAUUAGUUAAUUAUAGAUUGUUUUUAAUAUUAAUUAUCAUUGUCAUUAUUAAAUCUUGGAUCAAUGAAUGUCAUACUAAUUCUUGGGAAUCAUUGAGAAAUCAACAGUGCAUUAGAAUUAUCAUUAAUAUUAUAUGUUAUAUGUAUGUGUGCCUAUAUAUGUAAGGAAUAAUCCAUGACUAGGUGUGUUACACAAUUUUAAUGGCACGGAGGUUAAUAAAAUCAAGUAAUGUGUACCUGGCAGUGGCUCGUCGCACUUAUACCAUGCACAAUUGCCAGUAUUUACAAGUUAAAGCUGGUAUCAAUGUUAAAUCUAGAAUCCUGCCCAGUCUAAAUCACAUACAUAAUGUAGUGUGAUGAAAUUAAAUUCAAUUGAAUGUCUUUUAAUACUUAGGUAGACAGAGAUUUUGCACGUGUGAGUACUUGUGUUUUGUUACAUUUCUUAUUUUACCGUCAUCUCCUCCAGUUCUUAAAAUUAGUUCUCUAUUUUUUUUCAAAACUGCCAUAUUCACUGUGAGUUAAAUGUAAAUAUAUAGUACAAGUCAAAAGUUUGGAUGCACCUCCUAAAGUGUUUUUUUCUUUAUUUUUAUUAUUUCCAACAUUGUUACAUUAAUACUGAAGACAAAACUUUGAAAGAACAUACAAUAUAUAGAAUUAUGUAGUAAACACAAACUUGUUAAAUAACGCAGAAUAUGUUUUAUACUUUUGAUUCUUCCACAUUUUGCUUUGAUGAGAGCUUUGCACACUCUUGGCAUUCUCUUGGUCAGUCUCAUGAGUCUUGAAUCAUGAAUCUUGUUCCAACUCAACCCAAACCAUUUCGUCUGAUGCAAAGCUCUUACAUGAACUAGAGGUGUGUUUGGGGAUAUUGUCCUGUUGGAAAACAAAGAUGGUCCCAGUAAGUGCAAACCAGAUUGGAUGGCAUGUCGCUGUUAAAUGCUUUGGUAGCCAUGCUGGUUAAGUGUGUUCAUAAUUUUGAAUAAAGCAAACAAUAUAAGUCCCUAGCAAAGCUCCCCUACACCAUCACACCUCCUCCUCCUCCAUGUUUCACAGUGUGAACCAAAUAUUUAGGAACUGUCCAUUCACCCUUUGUACAUCUAAAAAGGACAUGGUGGCUAGAAGCAAAAAUCUCAAAUUUGACUUAUCAGACCAAAGGACAGUAUUCCACUGAUCUAAUGCCUAUUCCUUGUGUUUCUUGACCAACACAAGUAUCUUCUGCUUGUUGUUCUUCGUUUAUUUGAUAUGUCUGCCACUUAUACUUCAAAAAGCAUUAAUGUAAAUCACUGGUUUCUGAGACUGGUAAUUCUAAACAUAUUCUUUGCAGCAGAGGUAGCUCUUGGUUUUUCAUUCCUGUUACGGCCCAUGAGAGUCUGUUGCAUCAUAGCAUUUGAUAGUUUUUGAGAAAGCACUUGAACAUUUAACUGGGUUUUAAUAUGUUCUUGAGAUUUUCGUGUUGACUGACCUUCAUUUCUUAAAGUAAUAAUACUAAGUAAUACUAGUAAUAAACUGUUUUUUCUUUUUACUUAAAUGAGUGUUUCUUGCCAUAAUAUGCAUUUGUACAGCAGUUGACUCUGUACUCACCCUUUCCUUUGUACAAGACAACUGAUGGUCUAAAGCCAUCAAGGAGGCAAGAAAUAAAAUAAAUGAACUCUUGACAAGACACAUCUGUAAAUUAAAAACCAUUCCAGGUGAAUACCUGGUGAAUCUAAUGAGAGUGUGCCAAGCUGUCAUCAAAGCUAAAUGUAGCUACUCUUUACAAUCUAUAAUAUCCAACAUAUACUGGGUUAUUUAUACUCUUUGUUUACUGCAUGAUUCCAUACAUGUUCUUUUAUAGUUGUAAUUUUUUCAAUAUUAAUGUACAAUGUUGAAAGUAAUAAAAAAACAACACAAAUAGAAUGUCAAAACUUCUUACUGGUACUGUAUAUAAACCAGGGUUUUCUUUAGCUGAGAAAUACUGAUAUUUGACUAGUAAACACAAUUUUACUUGAUGGUGUUAUUCUUGUUUGUUCCAAAAUUUUAGCUGUAGUAAUUAACAUAUGACCAAUUCGGACACUGUGACUAGUGGCAAACACAAAGACACACAAAUGUAAACAUAUAUAAAACUCCAAACUACUUUAAUUUAGCUGUCUGUAGAGGGAUUUUCAGUAUAUAUGGCAUAGACAAAAAUUGUAAUUGUUUUUAUGAUUGCUUAGAAUCAUUUAUAAAUCUUGGGUGUAUUUUAUUUAUGAGAUGUUUACUGUUUUUUUUUUUUUUUUUUGUGCAAAAAAUUAAACCACUAAAUUUUAAGAAGUUGCUGUAAGUUCUAAUGGGAUGUACUUUGUUUACCAAUGACCUUUUUUAGUUUUUUUUUUUUUUUUUUUUAUAUAUAUAUAUUUUUGGGGAAAAGAAACCUGGGAAGAGGCAGUGGUUUAUGCUAUUCCUUGUGUUUAAUGUUAGUUAGUCUUCUUUACCUAUUUUAUGCCCAAAUGUGGUUUUGGUUAAUUGUUUUACUUAUACAUUCUACAUAUGUGAUUGUAGAAUGUUUUAAUGUUUACUGUUGUCUGCUUUGGUAAAAUUGCUAACAGAUGUAGCCUUUUUCUUACACAUACCAUUUUAGUGACUUAAAUGAGUAUAUAAUGUGUAAGUAUUCUGUCUUUUCAUGUUCCUUUAAACAUUUUUUAUUAUAAUAUCAUUAUGGAUGACGAUGAUGCUGAUGUCAUGAUUAUUAUUACUCUUACUAACAUCAUUUGCAUUAAAUUAACUUGUGUUACUAACAAUGUUUAUAGGAUGUCCUGCUGGACAGGCAAACCUCAUCAUGCAGUGGCCUUAAUUUUUUACAUUUCUGAAUUUAUUUCUGAAUAAAAAUUUUUUACAAAUUAAAUACAAACAGAAACAA